GCUUUUCCAAUCAGGCCGGGCCGGGGAGGGAUUUCCUGCCGGGACGGGGCCGGCCCGAGCGGGACUUCGCGGAGUGCCGCGCCGCCCUGCAACCGGGCGCGCCGCCUCCGGGGCCGCUCGGCGCGGUCCGGUCCGCUCGGCUCUGCACGGUUCGGUCCGCUCCGGUCCAGUCCUGCACGGUCCGCUCCGGCUCGGCUCGGCUCGGCUUAGCACCGCACGGUCCUGCACGCUCCGGCUCGGCUUUGUGCUGCUCGGCUCGGCGCGGUUCGGUCCGGCUUUGCGCUGUAUAGCACUGCCCGGUCCGGCCCGGUUCGGUUCGGUUCGGCUCCGCGGCUCGGCGGGCUGGAAGCGCCCCGAGAGGUCCCGGCUGUCCCGCGCUGCCCGGGGCGCUGCCGCGGAGGCGCCCGGGCUCCCGGCACGGCCAGGAGGAAUGCCGGAGCGAGGGGGCUAACGAGCGCCAGCGAGAGGGAGGAUCUAUAACUUCCAGAUGGCGAGGAGCCCGUAAUCCCGUCGGGAAGAAUUAGGGACUCAUCAGCGCAGCACAGCCUGCCGAGGGAAGCCAAGCAUGACACCUCCGUCUCCGGGAGCUUUGCGCGGGCUCAGCUGAGAGGCCGAAGCCGCCCCGAUGCGAGCGCUGCCGGCCGCCCUGCCCCGAGCCGCCUCGCUUCGUCCCGCGGGGCCCCGCUGCUGCCGGGAGCCGGCCCCGCGCCCUGAGCUAGUUCUCGCUUUAAUUGACUGCGUGUUCUUCAGCGAAACGACAGCUGGGUCUCGCCGCUCCCGAAGCGGGAGGUGACUCCUCUGCCGCUGUUAGUGGAGAGACGGCGACUUUCUUUUUUUUUUUUUUUUUUUUUUUUUAUGUCCCGUGGGAUUGUAAAGCAUCUUUCUUGCUGGAUUUCACCUCCCAUCCGAGUGUGUCUUGAGGAAUUUCAGGCCUGUUCCCAUGGCUGUAUAAAGCAGGGGGAUCCGAGGACCGCUUCUUUCCGCGCCACCGUUGCGCCAACCAGUCCGCGAUGGGGCGAGAGCAGGAGCUGAUUCAGGCCGUGAAAAACGGGGAUGUACCUGGCGUGCAGAAGCUGGUGGCCAAGAUCAAAGCGUCCAAGAGCAAGCUCCUGGGAUCUGCCAAACGCCUGAACGUGAACUACCAGGAUGCGGAUGGGUUCUCGGCGCUGCACCACGCGGCCCUGGGCGGCAGCCUGGACCUCAUCGCCCUGCUGCUGGACGCGCAGGCCACCGUCGACAUCAAGGACAGCAACGGGAUGCGCCCCCUGCACUAUGCCGCCUGGCAGGGGCGAGUGGAGCCGGUGCGGGUGCUGCUGCGGGCCUCCGCCUCCGUCAACAUGGCCUCGCUGGACGGGCAGAUCCCGCUGCACCUCUCGGCGCAGUACGGCCACUACGAGGUGUCGGAGAUGCUGCUGCAGCACCAGUCCAACCCCUGCCUCGUCAACAAGGCGAAGAAAACCCCCCUGGACCUGGCCUGCGAGUUUGGGCGGCUGAAGGUGGCUCAGUUGCUGCUGAACAGCCACUUGUGCGUCGCCCUGUUAGAGGGCCAGUCCAAGGACGCGACCGACCCCAACUACACCACCCCGCUGCACCUCGCCGCCAAGAACGGGCACAAGGAGAUCAUCAGGCAGCUGCUGAAAGCCGGGAUUGAGAUCAACAAGCAGACGAAGACGGGCACGGCCCUGCACGAGGCCGCGCUCUACGGCAAGACCGAGGUGGUGCGCUUGCUGCUGGAGGGCGGCGUUGACGUGAACAUCAGGAACACCUACAACCAGACGGCCCUGGACAUCGUGAACCAGUUCACCACCUCGCACGCCAGCAAGGACAUCAAGCAGCUGCUGAGAGAGGCAUCAGGAAUCUUGAAGGUCCGAGCUUUGAAGGAUUUCUGGAAUCUCCACGACCCAACUGCUCUCAAUGUCCGGGCAGGAGAUGUCAUCACGGUCCUGGAGCAGCACCCAGAUGGGCGAUGGAAGGGACACAUCCACGACGCUCAGAAAGGCACCGAUCGGGUCGGGUACUUCCCCCCCUCCAUCGCCGAAGUCAUCAGCAAGCGCACAGGCACGAUCCUCCCCCGCCCGGCGCCCGCGCACCAGCGCCAGGGCCCCCCCGGGGCCCUCACCGCCCCCCCCGGCGGGCUGCAGCACCUCCCCGACGAGUGUCCGCACCAGGCAGCCCCGAGCGGCCCAGCGGCCUUUGGCCACCUCACCCUAACCCGGACGGUCCCGGGCCCUGACAGCUCAGCAGGAGACAGGAACAGCGUGGGCAGCGAGGGCAGCAUCGGCAGCAUCCGCAGCGCCGGCAGCGGCCAGAGCACCGAGGGCACCAACGGGCAGAGCACCAGCAUCCUCAUCGAGAACGCCAGGCCGCUGCCCUCCGCCGGCGAUGACCUCCAGCAGCACCUUUUGGGAUCGGAGCCGCGCAACGGGCAGCUGAACUCCUCGGCAGGGCCCCUGGGGCACCAGACCACCGGCAGCUGCCCCCCUGGAGACAAGGUCUUCUCCCACCAGUUCCUGCGCCCCGAGCAGCUCCUCGAGGGGAAGGAUGCAGAAGCCAUUUACAACUGGCUGCGUGAGUUCCAGCUGGAGUCGUAUACCGCCAACUUCCUCAACGCCGGCUACGAUGUCCCCACCAUCAGCCGCAUGACUCCAGAGGACCUGACGGCCAUCGGCGUGACCAAACCGGGACACAGGAAGAAGAUCUCCACCGAGAUCGGACAGCUCAGCAUCGCUGAGUGGCUGCCCAGCUACAUCCCGGCUGACCUGAUGGACUGGCUCAGCGCCAUCGGGCUGCCCCAGUACCACAAAAAGCUGGUGAACAACGGUUAUGACUCCAUCACCAUCGUGACAGACCUGACCUGGGAGGAUCUGCAAGAGAUCGGCAUCAACAAGCUGGGCCACCAGAAGAAGAUCAUGUUGGCCGUCAAGAAGCUCAGAGACCUCCGCAAAAGCCUAAAUCAAGCGGAAGCAACGCUGGCGAGACGCAAAGUUCCCGGUGCCUUGGAUAUUGUCACCAUCGAGUCGCUGGAGAACGGGGAGUGUCAGUCCCCACACACCCCCAAGAUGACAACGUUCCAGGACAGUGAGCUCAGCUACGAGCUCCAGACGGCCAUGUCCAACAGCUGCCACGAGACGCUCAGCAUCAAGAGCAGCCAGGGGAUGUCGCGGAGCCAGGAGAGCAUCGGGGUGCGGUCCAGGGGCUCGGGGCACUCGCAGGACAACGUGCUGUCCCGGCACCUCUCCAGCCCCUCGCAGGAGAGCCUGGGCAGCGGGGAGAGCAGCGGCAGUAGCGGGCAGUCCUGCGCGCAGCCCCGCGGCAAGGAGAGCCCGGCCAGCCCGCCGGGACAGCCCAGCCCCGAGCCCUACGGGAAGCUCGUCUCCCCGGAGGGGCUCAACGGCUACGCCAACGGCUGCGGGGGAAGCCCCCUCAAGGAGAGGAACCUCCCCGAAGGCAUGGAUCAGUACCCCCGGCCGGCGGCUCAGAAGGGCUCUGUCCCUCCGGGGCCACAGGCAGUCACCCCCUGCACCCCUCCCCAGACCCCCAGCAAGGCGACUGCCCCUUACGUCUUCAUGUACCCCCACGUCUCCUUGAAAUCCCAGCCGGCCCCUUCCCUCCUGGGAGCAGAGCAGCCCAAGAGCCUGGCGCACCCCUACCCCUCCUUCUCCUCCAGCCAGAAGAGCAGCCUGCAGACGUCGGCCCAGAAAGCCUUCUCCUACCUGCACAGCCACUGCGGCCCCGCGGAGACGCCCGCGGGGCUGCCCAAGCCUGCCGCUGCCCCGGGCGCCUGGCAGGCCGGGGAGCAGCACAACGGCGGCGAAGGUUUCAAGUACAAGAAGCGGUCGCACAGCCUGAACCGCUACGCGCUGUCGGACGGGGAGCACGAGGAGGAGGAUGGGGUGGCCACCAGCACCCUGGGCUCCUACGCCACCCUCACGCGGCGCCCGGGCCGGAGCCAGAUGCCGCGGGCCUAUCUGCAGGCGGAGGCCAAGGUCACCCGCAGCCAGUCCUUCGCCAUCCGGGCCAAGCGCAAGGGCCCGCCGCCGCCGCCCCCCAAGCGUCUCAGCUCUGUCUCCGGCGCCCUUGCCGCGGAGGCGGACAGCGAGCAGCCCCCUGAGCCCGAGCAGCAGCCUGCUGCCAUCCCGGAUGCGGCCAACGUCGCUGCCUCCCCCAGCGACACCGGCCACGGCAGGACGGCGAGGAGCCUCACGGCUGCGCUGGAGGGGCCGCCCGGGGCGAGUCCGCCCAAGCCCCUCCUGGCCCCGAAGCCCCCGCACGUGGCUCAGGACUGUCUCUCCAGGGCGAGCGAGGACGAUCAGUCCUGCAGCGCUGAUGACUCCGGCACCGCCAGACUUUCAGAGGGCAGCAGGGACGCCUUCGAGAGCAGCAAGCCGCGGAGACGGACAUUUAGUGAGCCCAGCGCUCCCAUGACGGAGGCUGUGCAGGGCAGGCGGGAAGAUGCCUGCUCAGACACGGAGGAGGAGGCCAAGGCAGAGGUUUCCACCUCAUCCUCCCAGAACAGCUCCAGCGAGUGCAUCCCCUUUGCAGAAGAAGGCAACUUAACCAUCAAACAGCGGCCCAAGCCCGCCGGGCAUCUCAAGGCUGACGCAGCCGCACCGGAUGCGGAGCCCAGUUCCCAGGCUACGGAGCCCCCCUGCUCCACUGGGAAGGAGUCGGGGGGGCCCGUUGCCACCAAAGAGCCGCCCGUGCUGGAGUUCAACCUCACCGAGUCGGACACAGUGAAGCGCAGGCCCCGCUUCAAGGAGCGGGAGCCGCUGCAGACGGUGCUGAAGGCGUUCAGCCUGGCGGGGCAGGCCGAGGCGGGGGCGAACCCGGCACCGCAGUACGCGCAAGCCCAAGCCGUCAGCAUCACGGGCCCGGCCACGCACAGGCCGGAGCCGCAGGCCGGGCUGGCCGGAGAUGCCUUUGAUGACGACAACGUGGAGUUCAGGAUUGCUGAGAUAGAGAAAAGCAUCUUGUCCCUGGAGAAGGGCAUCAAGAAGGCACCGAGCCCUGUGAAGCCCCCCAGCCCCUCGGAGCUGCUCAGCACCGCUGUGCUGAGGACGCCAACCCCAGACGUCCCAGCCAAACACACCUCCGUGGCAUCCACCAAGCUGGUGUUCUCCGGGCCCAAGACCAUCUACCAGCAGGUCCUGCAGCCUUCCCGCCACACUGUCGCUCCCUGGGCGGCUGCCGAGACGGUGCCGGAUGUGAUCGGAGCCCUGGCCGGCUCCGGCUCUCUGAACCUGGAGCCCAGCAGCAAGGUGUUGGCGAAGCCUCUGGGGGCUGCGCCGGGGGCUGCUCUGGCCCAGCAGAGGCUGGAACAGACCAACUCCACCCUGGCCGCUGCGCUGCAGGCUGCAGAGAAGAAGAUAACGGCCAAGGAGGCAGAGAGCCACCCUGGGACCGUGCACUCGGCCAAGAACAUCCUGGAAGACAUCAGCAACAUGUUUGACGACCUGGCUGACCAGCUGGACGCGAUGCUGGACUGAGGCUUGCUCCCUUCCUCCCCUCCCUGCCUCCGGCUGCUCUGCAAACGCCCGUCGUGAUGGCAGGAGAGUAGGUCUAGUGCCCGAGCAGCAUCUCCAGGUCUUUCCAGCUGCCUCCCUUCCUGCACUUUACACCACGGCCAGGAACACGUCUGUCCCCUCCUCACCCGCCCAGCGUCACCGGCCCCCAAGCUGCCUGGCUCCGUAUCACACGCUCCAACACGACCGCGGGCUGGUUUCCGAGAGGGUCAGGCAUUUCCCACCAGACUGGCAGCAGGAGGAGAGCCCGGAGGGGCUGCACAUGUGGUCCUGGAGGCCACCGAGAAAAUCUCACUCCCUUGCACAGAGCCGAAGAGCCUCCACAAGGGACCUUUCUCUUCCCUCGCUGCAUUGCUGAGUCCUGCCUCUUAUUAUUUAUCCCCUGCCAACAAUGUGUCAAAGGAGAGACCUCCCCGGGCAGCCGCCACGGAGCUGGCUAUUUACUGAGCAGAUCCCAGCCCCGGCAGAGCCUGACAGCAGCUAAAAGAAGACAGGGCUUGUCGCGACUUGGCAGCUUGCGGAGUGAGAAGGAACCUUCCCGCUUUAUUCCUUGCUUUUCCGAACGUGUCAGCGUCAGGCAGCGUGUAAUCCGAGCGGACCGAAAUCCCCCGGCGGGACCCGCGCCCCCGUCCCCGACGCUGGGGCUGGCACAGCCCGCAUCCUGCAGAGCAGCAAAGCCGUGCUGCGGGCCCUGCCGGAGGCAGCGGGCUCCCUGCGCCUUUCCCAGGGCGAGGAUGGCGAAGGGCAGCGCUGAAGGCCAAGGAGAGCUGUGCGUUUGUGCCAGUCCGGCUCCAUCGUGCUGCUAAAUCGAGGCUGCCCUCUGCUGACACCGUGCCUGCACAAACCGCCAGCCCUCUGCUUCCAGGGAGGAAGCAGCACAGUGGUUAGCGCUUUUUUUUCCUCCUUUUCCUCCCCUGCCCCUUUUGUGGGGGAGAAAAUGGUCCCUUCUCCUGCUGCUCCUUGGUGCAGGGAGAUCCUGGCACAAACUCAGCUGGGAACUUUGUUAGACAGUAGCUGCGUUCGGGACUAUGCGACAUGCUUCCUUGCAGCUCCAAAACCCAGCGGGAGAGGUGACCCCCGCAUGCACCGGGUGAAUUCAGCUCAGCAACAGCUACUGUAAAUACGCGCUGGAUGCCGUCGCAGCCCCGUGGCUGCAGCAGGGGAACAGCAGCGACAGCUCAUUGCAUCCAAGCAGUAGGAACGGCUGCAUAGCUCGAAGACACAUUUCUCUAGCAGGAUCUGUUCAGUAGUGCAUGUCUAAAUAUGUCCAAGAGCCCCGAACUUGGCUUGCGCUCGGCAUGCCAAGCCAAUGAAAGCAUCAGGGCACCAGAAGGGAACCCAAGAUUGUACUAAAGUGCCAUUUGUUGCAAAAAUCCCAAACAAAAGGAAACCAACCCUCCACCCCUUUAAAAAAGCCACCAACACAAAACCAAACUGUAAAGGGAGAAGGGGGCCGAAGAGGCAGUUGCUUCCCAAUUUGGGGGGAGCUUGCAGCUGAAACAGACUGUUUGCAGCACCACGUCCCCCCGCACUGAAAAGGAAGCAGCCCUCGUACCUCGAGCCCGCCUGGCCCUUUCCCAGGGCCAUCGCUCACGAGUGGCAGUUGUGCCAUGGGCCCAGCCAGCGGGAGAUGCCAGCCUGGCUUCUAGGUUAAAAAGCAAAGACAAAGCCCCCAAAAAAGAAAAAAAAUCGGUCGGUUGGCUGGGACUUGAGGUCAAUUUGAGGUGCUUAAGGCACCGACACCCUGGCAAGUUGGCUGCUCUGUGUUUGAUACAUCCCAUUGAGUGUAUUAAAAUGACCAUGUCUGAUGGACAAGUGCUACAUCGUGGACCUGAUCGUUUUUAAAUAGCUGCAACCAGUGGCACUUUAUCGAAAGGUUUGCAGAAACCUUUUAAAACUGAUUUUUACUCUCACACAAAUCAGCCUGGAACAAGCCCAGGUGUUUUUCUUUUCCAAUGUUGAUAAACUGUAAAUGUUUUUUUAAAGGCCAAUGUAUAUAUUUUAAAUGUGAUUUAUUAUAUAUAUUUACUAACCAGAAUUGCAAGUCUUGUACUCUAGGGUCAGGGAUAAGAGGACACUGGGGUGGAGCUGCGUCGCUGUCUGAGCCACCUGAGGGCAGCACCACGCUGCUCUCAUUGUCAAUAAGGGAACUGAACAUUUGAUUUUGCAGAAGAAUGCCUAUUUUUUAAGCUCUAGAUCUUUAUUUUAAAAGCUACUGUACGGUGUGUAAGUUAUGUACACUGCAACUGGGACUAACUGACCCUGGCUGCACCUGCUCCGUGCAGCAAGGCAGUGAGGGAAAAAAAUAGCCCGUGUAAUCACCAGACUGACAACAGAUUUUAAACCAUCUGCUCUCUUUGUGUUAAUCAUGUGUUUUUUGUUUUCCACUAACCUCCAUUAAGACUAAGUUCUAUUAAACAGCGGGGCAUAUUUUACCCUUUUGAUA